GCAAGGAAAAGUCCAGCACCUCCUCCUGUCGACCGGCUCUCAUCUCCGCGUCCAGACAAGAGCUACGCUGCAAGACCAGAGACCGCUUUAUCUCCGCCUGGGGGGAAGGGAAAACGCCACCAAGCUGUCACCCCAGCUUUUCGUUUCCCAUGCCACGGCAAUAGCCACAGCGACGGUGACCACGGCAGCAGCAAGAUCGCUGGCUAGCUCGCCAUCAAACCACGACUGCACCCGGAACAAGCAAGCCGUUCAGCCUCAGGAUGCUCAGGCUGCCUGUCCUUUCCUCUCUUUGCCCUGUUUUUUAGCCCUCAAUUUGCUGGUUGCUGUUCUGUCCACUGUUGCUGCUCAUGCACUGCUACAACUUCAGAUGGCUAACCCGCGUCCUAUAUACAGUCAAAAGCAUGGAGAUGACUCCCAAGACCAGAUAGGGUCGAUGGGUUCAACGCCUACCGGGAUCGCAACGCCGCAGCCCGAUCCGUCCGACAAGCGCGUCCCCGGGAUCAUGCCUAGUUUCUUUGCACAGGUUGGUGCUGGUUCCGAUUCUAAUUCAAACCCUACCACUACCACCACCAGUAUACGACCUUCUUCCUCCUCCUCUUCUUCUCCUCCUCCUCAUUCCAUGUCUUCUUCCUCUUGUUCUACCCAUCAUACCCCAGGGAAGCAUAGUAGUGAUGAUGGUGUGGUUGCUGUUGGGGAUCCUUGCCAGCAGACCGGAGAGACACAACAGCAGGAAAUACUAUCGGAUGCUUUGAAACCGCCUACUUCAACAUCACAUUCCCCUCCACUCACUGAGUCGACCAAUCCGUUGGACCGUGGUUGUCAGAACUCAGCACCUGUCAGCACACCUUCUCGUCCUCCCACCGCACAGAGUCUCGAGGUGAUAUCGGACAAGGACUACUUCCUUGCCCCUUCCAUGCAUACAAGUAGCGGUGGCGGUGGCCGCGCUGAUGCUAAUGAUGCUAAUGCUGGUGCUGUUGCUGUCAAUCCUCUACCGACUCCUCCCCGCUCCUCGUUUUGUUCCAUCGCCCAUAGGGACACUGAAGAGGCCGAGAAUGGUGCUCCAGAAGUUGAUACCGGAGUGAGCUCGGUUUACCGCGCCCUAAAGAACCUUAUAUUCUCCAAGUCCUCACAAAAGCAGAAGUCCAAACGACAUACCUCCUUUCCUGUCUCCAGUGUCUCCCCAGAUGCCGUCAUGGCUUCCCAUUUUUCUAAACCUUCCCGCCCUUCCUCACAGUCAUUAUCACAACCCAACUCCCUCUUAUCUUCCUCCAAAUCCUCCUCCCAAAAUCAUAAUAACCACCUUCAUCACCCUCACUCAAUCUCCAGCUCUUGCGAGGAUCUGGGAAAGCUGACAGACAGCGUGGCCGCGGGCCCGCGGACAAAGAACACACCUCCUCUCACCCCCCGUGCAAUGUCCAAUGAAACCGAUGCCGCAGAGAAGAGAGACCCCCCUAGGUCGAUAAUAGAGCAUUCUCCCCCUCACCAGGGUAACAAUACCCCAGACAGCAGCUCUCAGGGCGGAAGACACUCGGCCGCCUCUUCGUCAAAUGCGCGGAAAAGCAAAUCAAACAAGCCUUCGGCCUCCUCUAGAUCCAGUGGAGCCUCGGAGGAAUCCGGCGUACCGGUAACCGCCUCUCUAAAGGGAAAACUAACCGUCAAAAUAGUUGAAGGACGUGGCCUUCGUCCUAGCGUUGAUCCGUAUGUCGUUUGCGUUUUUGAAUGGAACGAGUACAUCUCCAAGGGUGCAAAGACAGAUGAGAAGGGUGGCCAGACUGCUAGUAUGGCUGGCCAUGGGGCUGGUUCUAGAAAUAGACUCGAAGCGCUAGGAUCAGUGCCAAUUCAGCGGUCGAACAGUGAUUCCGGACGUCCCAUGGCCAUACCAAUGAAGAGUCGACAGAGCAGCCACAACAGCAUGUUGGAUGGGGGGCAUAGUAACGGGCCUAUUGAAGUGACUGAUCCACAGUGGAAUCACGAUGCCGUCUUUGACGUACUUGGACAUCAGUCGGAACUUGACGUGUCUGUUUAUGACCGUUCAAAUCAUGAGGCCUUCCUCGGCCAUUUGAAACUAUCACUCCACCUAAAGGACGACCACACCACAUUGUCGGGAUGGUAUCCUCUCCAACCACUCGCCCACGGUCAGGGCCCAGUGUCGGGAGAGAUAUACCUUCAAAUGAGCUUCCAGAAGACCGACAAAAAACAGUUUGGUCCGAACGACUUCCAGAUUCUCAAGCUUAUCGGCAAGGGUACUUUUGGUCAGGUGUACCAGGUGAGAAAGAAAGACACUCAACGGAUUUAUGCUAUGAAGGUAUUGUCGAAGAAAGUCAUAAUUCAGAAAAAGGAAAUUGCCCAUACCCUUGGAGAGAGAAACAUCCUCGUCCGCACCGCCAUGACGGAUUCUCCAUUUAUCGUUGGCCUGAAGUUUUCCUUCCAGACUCCUACAGAUUUGUACCUUGUCACAGACUACAUGUCGGGCGGCGAGCUGUUCUGGCAUCUCCAGAAGGAAGGGCGAUUCCUCGAAGCUCGCGCGAAGUUCUACAUUGCCGAAUUAAUCCUUGCUCUACAGCAUCUUCACGACCACGACAUUGUGUACCGCGAUCUGAAGCCUGAGAACAUUCUUCUUGAUGCCAACGGGCACAUAGCUCUCUGCGAUUUCGGCUUGUCUAAGGCCAAUCUCACCAAGGAUGACACCACCAAUACCUUCUGUGGUACAACCGAAUAUCUCGCUCCUGAAGUCUUACUUAACGAGACCGGGUACACUAAAAUGGUUGAUUUCUGGUCCCUGGGUGUCCUUGUGUUUGAAAUGUGCUGCGGUUGGAGCCCGUUCUACGCCGAGGAUACCCAGCAGAUGUACAAGAACAUCGCGUUCGGCAAGGUUCGGUUCCCUCGCGACGCCCUCAGCGCUGAAGGCCGCAACUUCGUCAAGGGUCUGUUGAACCGCAACCCUGAACACCGUCUUGGCUACCGGGAUGACGCUAAGGAGCUCAUGGCACACCCAUUUUUCCACGACAUCGACUGGGUCGUUCUAGCCAACAAGGGCGUUAUCCCUCCCUUCAAACCAACACUUACAUCUGUCAUGGAUACUUCGUACUUUGACCCCGAGUUUACCACUGCCCUGGAACAAUCUGCUUCCCUGAACGCGAGAGCCGCUGCAUUGGCGAAUGGGCUGAAUCCCGCUGGUACACCGCUGUCCCCGGGCAUGCAAGCUAACUUUAAAGGUUUCACUUUUGUCAACGAGAGUUCGAUGGAGCAUCAUAUGAGCCAUGGUGAGAAUUACUCCAGUAAUACGGCCGACGACUACAUGGAAGAAGACUUCCCUGAGCAAUGGGUGCAACCUCAUAAAACUAGUGGUGGUAGUGGCAAGGCUGGCACAGGCCAUAGUGCUGGUCCCGACCAUAGCCAUCGCAUGAGUGGAGUUGAGCGCACAAGCACUGUAUCAAACGGCGAUGCUGAUGCAGGUAUCUUCCAUGACGACUAUCACUUUGAGAUGUGAAGCGUCGGGGGAGUAAGUGAAUAACACAACUGCUCACAUGAUCUAAACAUCGCUAGGAGAAGUUACUUUCUUCUCACUUCUUUGAUGCGUUUGUGCCUGGCCUUUUUCUUCACAACAUUCAUGCCCUUUUCUUUCCCUUUUGUUUUUUUUUUUUUUUGUGAUAUCUUCCCUUCCCUGAUCAUGAAGUAUAUGACUUGAUGCCACUUGCACAUACUAAACAACCUACUUAUGCUUGUGCCUUUUGUAUCGGCCCUUGUCCGUCUUCUCAUUUUCCUCAUCUACACGCCUCAAGGUAUCAAUCUCAGGCUAUCUGAUGAGGACCUUAUCUUCCUCUCGCCUUUUCUUCUCUCUACUUCCCUUUCCCGCGAGUAUUUCCGUUUUACGUUUAGUGGGCCUUUUCCAUUCAACUCUGCGUUCUAGCCUUCCCUCCCCCCUUGCUUGCUCCCAUUAUCAUUCCUUCUAUCUGUCAAGCACAAUGCAUGCUUCAUAUUGCUUUACUCCGCCCGGUCUACCGGUCACGCAUACAAGGUAAAGAGGAAUAAUUCAUUCCAACUACAAAAAAGAAAAACACCCAAAACCAAAAAAAGAAUUAAAAGCAAAAGAAAGAAGGGCAAGGAGGGGACCUUUUUUUUCCCAUCACCGUCGAUUUAUUUACAUGUCCUCCGUACUGUUUCUGUCUGAGUCAGUUUACAUUUCUUAUUUACCAAGCCAUACUGCUUCCAGGUCCAGUUUCAUAAAUACCAGAUCCAAACUCUUCUAUCUCCUUUUCCUUCAUUAUCACUUCUCUCCUCAUCCAAAAGAAAAGAAACGGAAAAAAAAAGAAACUCAUUCUUCAACAAGCGAACAAACAAACAAAGCGUGGCAUAAAUCGUCUAGCGGGCAUUUUUUAUUCUUUCAUCUAUUUGCAUGUAGCCAAGGGGUCAGUCUGUCGGUUUGUUGGCUUGUUGGUUGGGCGCUGUAUGGUGGAGGCUGAUGUUACCCAUCCAAUAUCUUUAUUGAUUCCUUAGUCUCUCCCGUUUAACCCCUUAAUAUUCCAUAUAAAUUUCAUGCAGCUUUCUUGCAUUCGCCAGCUCUAUUUUUAUCACCUCCUUAGUGCCUCAGAAACUCCCCCC